AAACGAUUUUCUCAGGGACAUACGUCGAAGAUGCACGCGUGUGCUCUAGGGUGUGUCGUAUGUCUUCUGUUAGUGACCGCGUUAACGGCGUUAGAAAUGGAGAAUAUCCUGGACAGUGGUCAUCGCGAUCCAGACACCUUGUCUGCUAACUCAGUGGACGGAAACAUAAGUGUCCAAUUCAAUUUCAUCCCUUCAAAGUCAGUCACAGUAUAUAUGGACUAUGACUCGGUGGUCGAAUUCAAUUUCACUGUGCCUACUGAAUACAAUGAUGGUGCGUCAGGCGACGUGGCAUGGACGCUGCAUGUCCACUCCAGCGAUGACCGCGUAUUUCAAGUGUUAACAGGACACACGGUUGUCCUUAACAUGGGACCUGGCGUUGACCGCGCACCGGACAGUAUAAAGUACAACUACGUCAACACCAGCAACAACGGCGAUGAAUCUCUGAGCGUGCUAGGAACGUCACAGCCAAGGGACGGAUCAAACGUUUCCGUCUCGGCCGCCAACGUUUCUCUACGCGCCGUUCUGAUCGGAAGAGCCAGCCUGAGAUUUUUUGUAUUUCGGAAUUCCUCUGAGCCCUCCGGCAGGGAGGAUCAGCCGAAAUUCCUGCCGGUGGACUACGGCGUGGUGGUCAUUAGAAAGCCGAGGUGGCUAGAUACAGCGUUCACUGUCGUGGUGACAGCGUUCGUGCUCUUCAGCACGAUGGGGAUGGGGUGCAAGGCGGACUUGGAAGUUGUUAAGGAAGUGUUAAAGAAACCUAUAGGGCCCGUGACCGGGUUUGGGUGUCAAUAUGUUCUUAUGCCGCUGCUUGCAUAUGCCAUUGCUAAGAUAGUCCAGUUUGACACGGCGAUGGCGCUGGGGUUCUUCUGCGGUGGGUGUUGCCCUGGGGGCGGAGCUAGCAACAUAUACAGCUUCCUAUUGGAUGGCGAUUUGACACUGAGCAUCACUAUGACACUCAUCAGCACGAUAGCCGCUCUAGCCAUGAUCCCUUUCUGGAUGUUCACCCUCGGUCAAACCUUACUCCAUGGACACGAGGUCACGAUUCCAUUCGUGAAUAUAGUCCAGGCUCUGGCUUAUAUUAUCAUCCCAGUGGUCAUCGGGAUGGCUAUCAAGUACAAAAGUGACAGAGCCGCCAAAAUCAUCUUGAAAGUCAUCAAACCAUUUUCAGUCAUUUGCAUCAUCUUCCUCUUCACAGCCGGCAUCUAUGCCAAUCUCUACAUGUUCAAGCUUUUCUCCAACAAAGUUAUCAUUGCGGGAUGCCUGCUGCCGUAUGCCGGGUUCAUUGCGGGAGGCCUCGUAACCUUGGCAACGCGGCAGUCAUGGGAACGCAUCAAAACUGUCGCUAUAGAAACUGGUAUUCAAAAUGUCGGCGUCGCUGUGGUGUUGCUUCGUUUUUCAUUGCCGUCGCCGGAAGGGGAUAUUGCUUGCAUUGCACCCAUCGGGGCUGCCAUUUUUACCCCUCUACCUUUGAUGCUAUGGGUGAUCGGGUAUUUGAUAUAUAAGAAGUGUAUUCGCAAACCGGUGAAGGGAGCUGACGAAAAGGAAAAAGAAGCUCUGAAUAAAACUGCACCGCCAGAUGAGGACUCGAAAGAGGUGGUGGAUUCUCAAAUCUCUACUGUCUGA